AUGUCGGCCUCGAUCGAGCCCGCGUUUGCCGCUGGCGCUCAGGGCGAGAAUGGGAACAGUCAGCACGGCAAGCAGACUUCUCAUACUGCUCGACCAAAUGGCAAGGAUCGCCGUGCAUCGAGAUGUGACCUCAUACCUGGCCAGUUACCCUGUCGACGAUGCCGUCAGGAGCAGCGCGAAUGCGUCCUGACUGUGUCUCGGCGUGGAGGGCGCCGUGUGCGUAGAUCUGCCAUACCUGAGGAUGACGAGAACAUUCAAGAAGGAGUGCCCGAGGAACAAGAGGCACCAUCCCCGUCUGUUGAGGACCAGCACCGCUCGAGUAUACCGCCUGCCCACCCUCUUAAUGAGGUGGAAGAGCAGACUUCCUGGCCGCCAUCUUCUGGCAGAUCCCUAAACGGUACUGAUUCCGCAUAUGCAACUGGGGCACUGACUGCAUCGCCACCCUCGCUCCCAGCCACAACAAGAACGAAGACUGCUGCGAAUCAAGCUGCAAGUAGAGCGCAGCAGGUCCCCAGCCAUACAUAUGGUGUGCAGGUUGGUUCCAAGACCUGGAGCCAACAGCCGUGGGACGAAGAGUCCAGCAGGCUGAACCAGAGGCAGGCUGAGCAACAUGGGCAGCAGUCACGGUCCUCGCCCGAGGAUAACCUCGAAGGCCACAUCACCUCCGUCGAUUUAAUCAAUCCUUCCGAUGCGCUUGACUUGUUAGCGCAAGUCGCGCAACGUUCUGGUGAGGAGGACAGAGUGAACGACGCACAAGAGCCGCAGACAGAGCGCCGUCAUAAUUAUCACAACAAUCUUGACGGCACGCAGCAGGACCCUGAGAAAGUCAGCUCGUUGGACUAUCCUCCGAUUGCCAACGGAGAGGUCACAGUGGCUGAGGCCCGAAGACUUCUGAAACUGAAGCGCGAAUCAUCCAGCUACGAGCAGAAAUACCACCACUUCUUCCCCGUGGCCCACCACGCAAUCUUUGCAGACGAUGUCGACAUCUGCGAAGUUGCCCGCCAAGAACCAUUCUUGUUAUCUGCUGUUCUCACCAUCGCUUCCAAAAACGAGCCAAGCGCGUCAAAGGCUUUCGUGGCGUGCUCCGCGCACGUGGAAGUACUCAUAUCGAAUGUGAUCUAUUGCGGCUCUGCCAGUGUUGGCGCCGUCGAGGCAUUGCUUAUCCUUGCUGAGUGGCCACCACAGCGACUGCAAUCGAAGCGGUCAAUUGGCCGUGGGGAGGAGGACCAGGGUGCUUGGAUGCAAGUCGGAUGUGCCAUUCGUCUUGGCUAUCUGCAACGUCUUGAACAGACGGGCCUGUUUCCUGGCAGAUUGAUGGAGUCAAAGAAUGCGAACAGGAAGAGACUGGCUUGGGCUGCGUGCUACAUGAGCGAUAGACAGAUCUCCAUCAGGCUGGGUAAGGGUUUCUGGUCUCGAGGACCAGGGCCUUCAACGAUACUGCAUGCUGCGGACUUUCCCUCGCUCAGGCCUCUGGGGCCAGCCGAAGACGAUUUAUCGUUGCUCUUCAAGGCGCACCUCGAGCUCACGCAACUCUUUAGCAAUGCUCAUGACAUCCUGUACUCAUCCUCUAUGCAUCGAGAGCAUCUGUAUUCUGGUGGGGAGUAUGUGAGAUACAUCGACGACUUUGCAUCCAUGCUCCGAAAUUGGAAGCUGCUCUGGGGUAGUUUGAGCUGUGAGUCUUCAUGCUUGGUAGCUUCCGCUCAACUGGUUGUGCGACUAACCACUCUUACAGUUACACCACACGUGAAAGCAACUCUCGUUCUCUCCUACGACUACCUCCGUCUGUACAUUCAUGCUUUCGCUUUCCAGGCAGAAAUCUUCAUCGACCCCGUUGCCGGGCUGCGAUACAUGCCACUCAAGUAUUACCUGUACAUCAUAUAUGCCGCUGUGUUUCUGUUCAAGGCUCGCCUAGCAGAGGCCAUCACGUCAGAUGGCGAAGAAGGCGUCCGCCGUACUAUCGCCGUCACAGUCGACCGCCUUCAAAAGUCUGCAACGAAUCGCCAAAGUCCCGGGUACAGAUAUGCAAGGCUGGUCCAUCAGCUGUGGCUAAAACCAAGGAGCCGGGAGAGCACUGUGUCUGGUGGUCCAUCAGGUCCAGCCAACGGUCCGUCCCGUCGUUUAAGGCCAGCCACCAGGGGGGAUGCCAGCAGCCACCCGAGUUCACAGGAAAUGCUUGGCGAUGCACAAGGUCGAAGAAACUCGAUGAUGCACAACCCAGAGGACACGCCACGUCGUGACCAGUACAAUCCUUACCAUUCGUCGCCGCGUGGGGGACAAUACGGCGGCACGGGCGCCAGGAUGAUGAGCACCGCUGCAAAUAGAGACAGACUGCAGCCGAGAAGGCCUUCGUCCAAUAUGCGACGCCCACCUAGUCUUGCCUCGCCAAACGUCAUCGACUUUGACGCUGUCAUGAACGAUUUCUCUUGGCGCGACCUGCAUGCUGUCGGGGAGUUCAUCAACAAUGAUACAAGCACCGCCGAGAGUGUACUGCCCAGCCCAGACUUUGAUCAAAGGCUGGCAGCCGCCGAUGCCGCAGGCGGCGGUGGCGAUGGUAUACAAGAUACUCCCAUAGCGGGAGGCGGAGGUGCUCGUGGAGGACAUGACGGAGCGGGAGCACUUGCUGGAGAAGCGGUAGAUGACUGGAUCAGUUCGUGGAUGGGGACGGAUGUGAUAUUUUGA